UCUGUGACCCCCGUGAUGUAAAGACCUGUUGUACAGUGUGGGUCUGUUUUAAUCGAGUCACAGCCGCUUUAAGGACACUUUUAUAAUGAAACACCGCUUAUUUUACGGGAUUGUUCGUUUAGGAUGUGUGCGGGGAUGUCCGAGACUCUUUCCCUCCCAUGCUUGUCGAGCGUUUUCGGAUGUUUCUGCUCCUCCGGGCAGCGCUCUGAGACAGUGGACAGUAGCAGUCAGUUCAUUUGUCAAAAUCAAAUGCAGUCUGCACUGUAAUAUAUCAGUACGACCACUAGAUCCGCAUGCCUUUCCCGGUGCAGACCGGGCGUUCAUUACUCUCCUUGGAAGCGGUGAUGUGCAGGACUUCAGUCUGGACAGUUUUCAUGUUCACUAUGAUGACCAGAGCAAAGAACUUAGUAUUAUCAGCUCGGAUGAGUCCAGCAGUAAUAUGUCUGUAGAACUGACAACUCCAAUUAAAAGUGAUCUCCAAGUUGUUACUCAGGGAAGGGGCAAUGUGAGGAUCCAGAACAUGGAAAGUGAUCUCUGUCAGGUUCAAACAGAAAGAGGUCACUGUGUCCUUCAGUCUGUAAAGAGUCAUAAAGUACAGGUGCGGUCCAGUGGAGGAGACAUCACAGGCAUGGGUACUAUACACGGUGACGUAGACAUCAGUGCUGCUGGAGACAGUAGUGUUGAUAUUAAAAAGAUCCAGGGGACUGCCAUGAAUGUGUCCACAGAGCAUGGUCCAGUAAAAGUGAAAGCCAUUUAUGCUGAGUCAAGUUCAGUGGCUUCCUCUUCAGGGAAAAUCCAUAUUGGACAUUUACACGGUGAAGCACGUGUGCAGAGCGUCAGGGGGGAUGUCAUCAUUGACAGUUCGAGUGGUGCUCUGACAGCGGUCACUAAUGCUGGAAACAUUGAUGUAUAUGUGAGCCAAACUGGAACAGCUGACCUUCAUACCCAGCAAGGUGUUGUGAGCGUCCGUGUGCCGGCCACUAUGAAAGCAGGGGUCCAUCUGUGUGGGACCAUGGUGGACAUCAGUUCAGAGCUCUCUCAGGAAACAGAGCGCCAAUCAGCUGAAGGAAAAACUGUAGUUGUGGCCCAGCUGAACGGUGGUACUGAGGAAGACUGCUGGAUCAAAGCCACUGCGGACAGAGGCGUCGUGAGUCUGAAGACCCAGAGCUGGUUUGAGACGCUUAGACUGGGGAGCUAAAAUGGCUUAAAACUGGGGUAAAACGCUUGUUUUAAGCAAACUGUGAUUGCUUAAAUAUAAUAUAACUGUAAGGAACUUUCCUUUACACUGCAUGCAGUGCGAAGAAGAACAAAGGCAGCAACUCGUUUAGACAACAAGAAGAAAAUUCUGUCUUGUCUUGUUUUAUUUAAAUUAUUACUAUUUACAGUUUUAAUAACGAGCAUUUUUCAGUGCUAGGUUCUCUUUCAUAAAACUCUUCAUACAAUUAGUUUAACAACUCUGUUUGGGCCAAACUAUGAACAGUUGUAUCAUUUUUUGAAUACAGUAUGAUCAUAAUUCAAAAACAGGUUCUCCAAUUCUCUUUCUCACUCAGUCUCAGCCUUUAACAAAACUGUGUAUUUCUGUCACUCAGUUAGCGAAUGCUUGCAUACAAAACUGUUCUAACACAAAAAAACUGCAUAUCAAUUUACUUAAUCACUUAUACUUUAUCAGACAACAAGCUUCACAAAUAAUAACGGUUAUAGAGACCAACUGCUGAUUGUAUAUAAAUAGGCCAGUCAUAACUGAUUCACAUCUGAGCUGACGUCCAGCCCAGGUCUAUAAAGAGGGCGCACUUCUACAGUUCUUUUGUUCACAAUGGACAGUGCAUUAUGGGCACAGCACAUAAUAAGAAAAUGCGUAUUCAUAUGUGUAUAAGCCAGAGGGGACAUUAGGUCUGAUGUGGAUGACAGUCUGUGGCCAAAUGGUGCAGAUCAGGUAGUGUAACCAUUCACAGUAUCUGCGACUUUUUACUUUGUU